AUGGUAGGACGAGGACAUGCACGGUUUGAUGUCAAAGCGGCUACAGAGUUGGUUCCAAAGAUCCGCCUGGAAACGGGGGUCGCGGUCCGAUAUGAGCACCUCUGGAAAAGCGUGAUAGCGGAAAAGACGGUUUGCGAGAAGCUCCACGAUGUCAUGAAGACCGGGACGGCGAGACAAGGCAUCAACAACUUGAUUGCGCGCUCAUUGAACAUAAGUGAUGUGCAAAUCCGGGAACUCCGCAAGAAAGACUAG